CUGGUGUCACGUGACCCGCCAUCACAACAAGGGCUGCCAUGUGUGUUUGUUGACAUAUAAUUAGACAAUGUGACCUAUUGCUGAGAAUCACAUGCAGCGAUCUUUUACUCUUUGAGGAAGGUCUCUUAUUGGAGGCUUCUGAAGAUGCCUAAAGCAGAAGAGGAUCUGCUCUUCUGUGGAGGCAAACUCAUUGUGCUGAAAAUAUUGUUUUAAUGGUUAAUUAAUGUGUUUACCAUUGACAAAGAAAACUGCCAAAUUCACUUGCAGCAAAGUUGAAAUUAUUCCUUUGAAGCAUUGCCAAGGAACUGUUGUACUGUAGUACUGUAUAGUGUUUCAUAUUUUUAGAAAAAGAGUAAAGUAUUUAGUGUACAUAUAUAUUUAUGGAACAUUAGUUGAAAGAAAUUUAAUAUUAUUAUAUGUGACUCCCCCAUUUUGAUACCAUUUAGCAUUUUAAAAACCUCACCUGAAUCACAAACAUGUAAAAAUAAGAUAAUUAUUGUGUCAGCAAACUUUGAUAAGGAAAUGUAUUUGUUUAGUUAACGGAUCAUGAAAUCUGUUGAAAGGAAACAGAAAGUGCUUCAUUUUAACACCCUGUGAAUAACAAAAUGGAGAAUUUGGAUAUGAAUAAUGCACCGGAAAAGUUUGUUAUCAAACAGUUCCUUAACAUGCAUGUAAUUCUGCAUAAUGGUAGUGAGUAUUUUCAGUGUGGGGAUUGUGGUGAAUUAAUUGCAGAAAAAGAUAAUUUGCAGGCACAUAUGCUCUUGCACACUAGUGAGAAAAAGAACGUGUGCAACUCAUGUGGGAAGCAGUUCACACGUAAAAGUGACUUAAGUAGACACCAUCUGAUACACAGCGGUGAGAAGAAAUGUAAGUGUAAUGAAUGUGGAAAGCUGUUUACCCGCACUAGUGAUUUAAACAGACACAUACUAAUGCAUAGUGGUGAAAAGAAGCAUUUAUGUAAUGAGUGUGGCAAACGAUUUACCCGCAAAAGUGACCUCAACAGACACAUUCUUGUACAUAACAGUGAUAAAAGAUGUGAAUGUGAAGAAUGCGGUAAAUUUUUUAGUCAGGAGGAUAGCCUGAAAAUACACAUGCUCGUGCAUACAGAAACAAAGACAUUUCAGUGUGAGGAGUGUGGUGAACUGUUCAGAGAUAGCAGUAGUCUAAAAGUACAUAAGUUUUUGCACACUGGGGAGAAGCCACAUAAGUGCAGCGAGUGUGAAAAACAGUUCACACGUAAAAGCGAUCUAAAUAGACAUUCGCUGGUGCACAGUGGUGAGAAAAAAUUUAAAUGCAAUGAGUGUGAUAAGCAGUUUAUCUUUAAAAAUGAACUUAAUAGCCACAUGCUUGUGCAUUGUGCUGAAAGAGAAUACAAGUGUGAAGAGUGUAGUAAACGUUUCGUUUGUAACUCCAAGUUGAAAAGGCACAUGCUCGUACACACUGGGGAGCGAAACUACAAAUGUGAUUUAUGUGAGAAACGAUUCAAUUGCAAUUCAAAACUCAAGAGACACAUGUUGAUCCACAGUGGAGAGAAGAACUAUAAAUGUGAAGAGUGCGGCAAACGAUUUAGUUGUAAUUCCAAGCUGAAGAGACAUGUGUUUGUGCACAGAGGUGACAAACCUUACAAGGCAAGGGGAAAGAAAUUUUGUGAUAACUUUUCUCCUAACUGUUCAUUCAUAAUGCCAGAAACAGUUAAUGAAGUAUUUGUCAUGCCAGAAACAAUUAAUUCUGAAGUUUUUGUAAAGAAAGAGAAAUUAGAUGACUGUGUAUUUGUGAAUAAAAUGGAGUUUCAUUAGGUAUAGUACCAGUUGCUUGCAAAAAAAAAAAUAAUGGAAAUACUGUACAGUACCGAAUGAGGAUGUUUGAAAAGUAAAGGCAGUUCAGAGAUGAAACACUUGAC